GUAAGUAGUUCUCGGUAUGCAUGCUUCAAAUGUAGUUUAAAAAAAAGACGCAUGCGCACAAUAGAAAAAGUAAAACAAAGCUACAAGUGUUCCAUCGAUUGAUAGGCAGCACAGUCUACUGUAAUAACAUGCAAGCUUCCUUCUUGCUGCAGGCAAUAAAGCAAAUGUCGCUCUGGGAGUGUCAGGUAUUUUUUGUUCUUAUUUUCAUCAGAAGAGCACAUGUACCGGUCAGGAAAAUAAAUGCUGUACCCUUUCCUCUGGUUCUGUUGAGACGUGAAAAGUAAUAAUAUUAAAAUACAAACAUCUGCUUUACACGAGAUAACUUGGUUUGACGGGGAGAUUCAAAUAGGUCCUUUGUCUGGCAAUCCUGUGUGUAUGUUCGUUUAAUUCUACAGCACAAGGAUACUGUGACUGGGAGCAGACGUUCCGGAUUCACGCCAGGUACACCCGGAUGCAUUACGUACACAGUACUUAUCACGUUUAUUUAGUAUUUACGAUAUAUAAAAAAUAAGCACGAUGAGGAUACAAAAAUAUUUUAGAGGCAGUGGAAGAGCACUUGCAUUUAUUUUCAUAGCGUCCGUCAUUUGGUUGCUUUUUGACAUGGCAGCACUCAGGAUUUCAUUCAGUGAUGUAAACAGCAGACUUAUAAAAGAUGAGAUAAUACGAAAGGAAAGGGGGAAAUAUAAACCAAGAGAAGUCAUGAGCAGUGCCUCUUUCCCGAACAAAAAAGCACAUCGGUUCCCAUUGAAAAAAAAUGAAAGAAACGGAAUAAAUGAAUCCAAAAUGCAAAAUGAAGUCAAUAAGGUAACAUUUUCUGAAACAAACAGAAAUCUGACUAGAAAACAGAAACUUGGACUAAAAGUUGAUACAUCGCAGGAAGAUGCUUUCGAAAAACAGUUAGAACAAAAACAUAAGACGUUUAAAGAAAACCGUAAAAGCAGUGACGUAAAAGCGUUCGGUAUUGCCACAGGCAUUCCAAAAAAGACGAACAUGUCUCCUAAUGUAGACCAACUGGGUUUGCACGACAAAGACACAAAGAUCAAAUUAAAACAAGAGGCACACAAUGAGGAAAAUGCUACUGUAGAAAUAAAUCGGGAUAAAAAUGCUGUUGGCAAAGUAGCAGUAGACCUUGUAAAAUAUUUAACAAAGGCUCCCCCUGUUGGACAGAAACAAGAAUUGCAUUUAAACCGACCUGACAAAAAACUUGUCAUUGUGGCCAGCAAAGCUCAGUCAAACAAAGCAGAUGAAAAACGUGACUUGGAAAAAAUUGGAAUAUCUCCAAAAACCAAUACAGAUGAUAACAGAGUUCAGUUUGGACACAACCAUGGGGGCAAUGAUGUCAUUCCUCCAAAAGAACAGGUGGCCCAAGAUAACGAAGAAAUGAAUCCCAAAACCGAAAACAACAUUUCAAAGGCAAUGGAAAAUGUGAGUAACAUCCUCAAUGGGAAGCACUUUAAAUCCACUUUUCUAAACGCAACGACGAAAGCUGAGACGCUGAAUGUACAUUUUACAAUCGCAGUACAACAUGAUGUUGGAACUCACAAAGUGUUACAAAUGGAUGUAACACAAAGUCCCAGAAAUCCGAAUGCCCCGGGCCAGUUUGGUGAACCCGGUGUUGUUCCAAAGGACAAAGAAAUGGUGGCAAAAAAUAAAUGGAAAGAAGGAUAUUUUAAUGUGUAUCUCAGCGACAUGAUCCCAUUAGACAGAGCUGUUCCUGACACUAGGCCUUCUGGGUGUGCUGAGAACAAAGUACACAAUGACCUCCCCACCACCAGUGUGAUAAUGUGUUUUGUGGAUGAGGUGUGGUCCACCCUUCUAAGAUCUGUUCACAGUGUUCUAAAUCGUUCGCCACCUCACCUCAUCAAAGAGGUCAUCCUAGUUGAUGACUUCAGUACUAAAGAAUACCUGAAAGAUCAUUUAGACAAGUAUAUGUCCCAGUAUCCGAAGGUCCGCAUCCUUCGCCUGAAGGAGAGACAAGGUUUAAUCCGAGCUAGGCUUGAAGGAGCAGCCAUUGCUACAGGUGAAGUUUUAACAUUUCUGGACUCACAUAUUGAAUGUAACGUGGGCUGGUUAGAGCCACUUCUGGAAAGGGUGCACAUGGACAGAAAAAAGGUUGCAUGUCCAGUAAUUGAAGUUAUAAAUGACAAGGAUAUGAGUUACAUGAUAGUUGACAACUUUCAAAGAGGCAUAUUCAAAUGGCCCUUAGUGUUCGGAUGGAUGGGGAUCCCUGAUGAAGAAAUUAAGAGAAACAACAUAAAGGAUUCAGACCCAAUAAGGUGUCCUGUUAUGGCUGGAGGUCUGUUUUCUAUAGAUAAGAAAUAUUUCUAUGAACUCGGCACGUAUGACCCUGGACUUGAUGUGUGGGGGGGAGAAAACAUGGAGAUAUCUUUUAAGAUUUGGAUGUGCGGAGGAGAAAUAGAGAUAAUUCCAUGCUCCAGGGUGGGCCAUAUCUUUAGGGGUGACAAUCCCUAUAAAUUUCCUAAAGAUCGAGUCAAAACAGUUGAGAGAAAUUUGGCCCGUGUAGUUGAGGUGUGGCUGGAUGAUUACAAAGAGCUGUUCUAUGGGCAUGGCUACCACCAUCUUCUGAAUAAGAAACGUAUGGAUAUUGGAGACCUGACGCAACAGAAAGAACUCCGAAAACAUCUCAAGUGUAAAGACUUUAAAUGGUACCUGGACAAUGUCUACCCUGACUUGGAUGCACCGUUAGUGAGAGCUGAUGAUUUGCUUUUCAAUCUUGGAGUUAGAAAAUGUCUUUCAAUUGAGAACAGCACCCUGUCGUUCCAAGCCUGUGAUCUCAACGAAAAGAACCAGCACUUUAACUACACUUGGUUGAGACUAAUCCGUCAGCAGAACUCUUGUUUGACUGCAAUAGAUAAAAAAGGCACAGUGAGCCUAGAGCAGUGUGACAAUGCAAAACAUCAUCUAAGGUGGUUGCACAAAUCACUUAUAUUGGACCCACCGUUUAUGGACCACCUCAUUUUAGAGCACCUGCAGCAGCCCGUCUGUCUUGAAGGCAGCCCCUCAGUAAAUACUAUUAAGAUGACAAUGUGUAAUUCAAGCAGUCCAUUUCAGAAGUGGAAGUUCACAAACUACUAUGUCCAAUAAACAGAACCAUAGGAACCCUGGAGACUGAAAAUAAAAAUAAUAAAAAUAAAAAAACACAAGUGCCUGUUAAAAUCUUCUUGGUUUACAAUUUCAUUUUUUUGUUUAAAAACAACUUCUGAACUCUUUUGUCAAGUCACCUGCUGUGACAUGCUGUAUGUGGUUUUCUUUUUUAAAUGAGAGCUGCAUUUUCUUGUUUCAGAUUUGGAGCAGUCAUACAGUAUAGCGUGGUGUAGCCAGUUCUCCCCAGUCUUUACUAAUUCGUCUCUAGUUUCAGUUGUUCAAUCUUGAUCUGUUUAGGGAAAGGCAUUUGGAUUUAUAAAAUAUAACUUUAAAUACAUGUGGGGUUUGAGGUUAAAGUUAUGAGAAAUGUAAGUUUGUAAAUAAACAUUUGUCUUUAAAAUAAUACAUAAAACUGCAUUUGUCUUAAACAAAAAUAAUGCCAAAAAAGGUUUUAUUUAUUGAAUUCUAUUUAAAAAAAAUGCUGUCAAUGUUUUUUUUUGUCUUUCUUACAUCACAUAAAAUGAAGCACAUGUUUACAGUGUAAAUGUUUUGAUAUUUAACAGAAUGGUGUUAUGUAUUAAACUUAUUGGUUUUGCAGAGCUCUAAUCAUUUGUUAUGAUCUUACAUUAUUAAUUGUUCAGGGAAAUUAGGUUCAAUGAAUCUUCUGUGUUUUUUUUUUUGUUUUUUUUUUGUUUUUUUUCUCAGGCUGACGAUGUCCUUUUGACUUGAUUUAUAUCUGUAUUUAUGUAUAUCUUACUUUUACCACCAGAGGUCACUAUUGACUUAAAUAUAUUCUUUCCUUGUGUGUAAUGACCAUUGUCAGAUGAAGUAAAUCAUGUCAGUGACAUAGCAAGAUACUGUAUGUCUCCUAAGUUGUUUGUAUUUUACCAUCUGUUUCUAGUAUUCAUAAAAUAAUAAAUCAAUGCCAUUA